AUGGCGGCGCCGUGCGGCGCCGGGCCCCCCCCGCCGCGCCGGGCCCGAGCGCCGGGGCCGGCCCCGCGUGUUGCUUCGCGCCGGACGGCCGCGGAGGCCCCGGAGGAGGCCCCGGGCCGGCGGCAGGAAGUCACGGUCCGGUACGACCGAGGGAGCUGCGGAAACGGCUGCACUGGAGGAGUGGAUCCUGGAGGAGAGAUCCCGGAGCUGGAGAUCGACGUGGACGAGCUGCUGGACAUGGAGAGCGACGGCGCCCGCAGCGCCCGCUGCAGGUACCCGGGCUGGGGGGGGGGGUGGCCCCGAAACCCGGGGGACCCUGGAACCGAGGAGGGUCCUCAAAACCUGAGGAGGGGUCCCCAAACACCGGAGAUCCUGUGUGACUGUUACAAGCCCACAGAGGCCUUCGUCGGGGACCUGCUGGAGAAGAUCCGGGGGAUGCAGAAGCUCAACACCCCCCAAAGAAGGUCCCCCCUGCAGCGAUAA